GUCACGAGAGGCUUAAAUAUAUAUUUAUAAAAACCUCAUUCAGAACAAGUUUAAACCGAGUUUUUGUUCAGCCAAAUUUUAAGCAAUGAAUACGCUUUCAUUGGUAUUUCUGAUUGCAAAUUGGAUUGGCAGAAAUGUGCUUGUAUCGGGUCAAUUCAAUUACUGUAUUGAAUUCCUGGAACCCAUGGUAUUUGCGAAAUGUGACGAUCAGCCGGAUCAUUUCCUAUAUAAAGCUGUUGAUAUCAGCGAUCUAUCUUUUCAGCAUAGCAGAGAGGGUGAUUUAAUAGUCAAAGGACCUAUUAAAUUUAUCACAACUUUACCAGAGAAUUUACCGGUUACAAUUGAAACUUACAAAAAAGAACGAGGCGAAUGGCAGCCGACUCUUUUCACAUUGAAACGGGAAGAUGUCUGCAUUUCGUUAUUUGAUGAAAGAGAAUUGUGGUCUACCUAUUGGGAAAAUACACCAAAGGAACAAAAGACAUGUCCAUUUAGCAAGGGGCAAAUAUUGGAUAUGGACUUUUCUGAGCAAAUAUCUCUGAAUAUACCCAUGCCCAAUGUGGAUGGGGAAUACAAAAGUCGCAUAGAAUUGGGCCAUCAAGGUGAUGAAUUUUAUAUGUGUGCUGUUGCAUUUAUAUUUAUGCAUAGAUUAUAGUUACAAAAGUUUGCGGGAAAGCAUUUUACAAAUAAAAAGUUUAACGAGUCGCUCCAUAAAUGCUAGAAUAUAAAA